AUGAAUCCACAAGUCGACAAGGUUGUGAGAAGAACGACUAUGGUGGCGACUGCUGUUGCUUCCUACUUCCUUUUAACCGCCGAUUACGGUCCCGAGCCAAACGUUCUUGAUCCUAUCAAACAGAAGAUCAUAUUAGCGCAAGAUUCUGUGAAAGAGUACUUCUUUCCAUCAAAGAACAAGUAA